AUGAAAUGUUGCCUCGUCACAUCGCCAACGUUCAAUCAGAAGCCAGCCGCGAUCGUCGCGACGACUUCACACGAAAACCGCGAUUCGCUCCUCCACGAUCAGAUCAGGUUUUCUGCUUCUCCAGCGCACGAAAUUGAAGGAGAAAAUCCGCUGCUUCCAUCAGAUUCGAUCCCGUGGCAACAGCUAAAGCUGUUUGAACGACCGACCACAUGCCAACAUACGAAGCUGUCCGAGCUCGGAUUGCUCCAGAUGUCCAGCAGCAAACAGUUUAUUGCCGAAGUUAUAAAACGAACGACUGCCUAUUGCCGUAUUGCUUGGGAGAUUGGGAAUUCUCUGGAGAAGCGUUGA